AUGGCGGUGGCGGGAGGCGGUGGCGGCAGCGGUGGCAGGGCCUGCUUCGUGCUGGGUGCCUCGGGGGAGACAGGCCGGGUGUUGCUGCGGGAGCUGCUGGCCCGGCGGCUCUUCGCCAGGGUGACGCUGGUCGGGCGGCGCCGGCUGAGCCUGGGCGAGGAGAUGGGGGCGGCCGUGGAGCAGGCGGUGGUGGACUUCGAGCGGCUGAGUGAGCACGCCGCUGCCUUCCAGGGACACGAUGUCGGCUUCUGCUGCCUGGGCACCACCAAGGCCAAGGCUGGCGCGGACGGCUUCGUCCGCGUGGACCGGGACUACGUCGUGCAGGCAGCGGAGCUGGCGCGGGCAGGGGGCUGCAAACACUUUGUCUUGCAGUCCUCCCAGGGGGCAAACCAGCACAGCCGCUUCCUCUACCUCCGCGUGAAGGGAGAAGUGGAGAACCUGGUCCAGGCUGUUGGUUUCGAUCGCUGUACCAUUCUCCGGCCAGCGGUGCUGCUGUGCAAGCGCCAGGAGUCCCGGCCCAUGGAGUGGAUGGCCCAGCAGUUUCUGGGUGCUGUGGCUCGGGUCUUCCCCACCGCUUACUCAGUGCCUGUGGAAACGGUGGCCAGGGCUAUGGUGGCUAGUGUGCUGCAGCCAGGCGAGGGGAAGGUGGAGGUGCUGGAGAACAGGGUCAUCCACGAGCUGGGAAAGGCAGUGCCACAGCAGGGCACGUAGAGCAGAAGGGAUGGGCAGGAAAGAGCUUGAUUCACCGCUCAGAUGCUCUUCUGGGCUGAGGAUGAAUGCACGUGUGGGAGAGGAGCGGGGUGCUUGCAUAGCUGAUGUGGAGAUAGAGGUGCACUUCUUUGCAUGGCAGCUGAUUCUGUCAAGUGAUCAAAAAUGCAGGUGCUGGCUGGUGGGUGAGGAGGAACAAUGUGCUCUGCUGCCUGUAUCCAGCAUGCGAAUCUGAGUAAAAAUGGUGUAAUCCAAUUUCUUGAAUUGAGGCCUGAAAUAAAAUCCUAUGACUGGUC